UGUCCGUAGUGGUCAUGGAGGUAUGUCUGGAGUCAAAAUUCCUUGUCUAGCUUUAACUUUAUCCAGAUUUUCUUGCAAAAACACGCAGUGGGCCAGAGGGACAUAAUAAAAACAUAAAGAAGACAAGCGAAGUGGAGUAACAUGCCAUGGGGGGUCUCUACGUGUUUUUCACCGUGUCAGCAUGUCGACCCUUAGCCUUAGCCUUAGCCACCACUAGAAGCUUCGUGAGACUCGCGCCCGCCGCCGCCGGGCUCUCGAAUUGGGCUCCGCUGAGGACCGCGGGCAUUCAUAGUUGGAGGCAGUGCAACGCCUCGUCCCGGGGAGGCCACGUACUCCGCUCCGGAGCCGCGUGUCGCCGCCGGGUGCACUCGGCCGUGUCGCGGGACGUGGUUCUGUUCGAGCACGACCGCACCGCCUUCUUCCGCCUGCUGUCGGGCUUCUGCGGUGGACAGCUCCUCUUCUGGACCUACCUGGCCCACUUCGCCUACACGGAGCUGCGCGACCGGCGGCGGGGCGCGUCCGCCGGGGAAAGAGGCGUGUCGGUCUUCGGAGUGUCUCUGGGGUCCAGCGCGUGGAGGUACGGCUUCACCGUGGGCUGCCUGGCUGUGGGAGCAGCCAUUGUUGGAUUUGGGGUCCUGUUCUGCCGUCGCUCUGUCAGCCGGGUGAUUUUACACCAGGGAGGUACCACAGUUACCCUGACGAUGCAGUCACCCCUGGGAACUGACAAGGCCCGUCGAAUCAAGUUGCCCCUGACACAUGUAGCGUGCCAUGCCCACAGGCUGGAGUCUCCUUCUUUCAUCCCCCUUCGGGUCAAAGGUCACAGACUGUACUUCCUGUUGGACAAGGAGGGGAAGCUGAACAAUCCUAAACUGUUUGACAUCACUGUGGGGGCCUACAGACCGCUCUGAGGUGUGGAAAUAAUCUACAGAAAUGGUCCGGAAAGGUGAUGACUCAGUUUGGGGGACUGGAAUUUACCCUACGCUAAAAGUUUCAAAUGCGCUUCACUGCAAAGUGAAAAUAAAAGUACACCCCUUAAUAUGACAUAAGCAGAACUGUCCUGUCAUCCUGAUAUUUCAUGAGCUUGAGUUUCACACUGAGAAUAUUUACUGCAUACAGAAACUAAAUGUACAAACGGUUAACUAAAGAACUGCAAAAUGGGAGCACAGACUUUUAUGGAUGGUUUACAGUUUAGAAAGGCACAGUUAGGGAUUGUAUGGUAAUGCACUAUAUAAUGCUGUUGCUGCACAGUUGGGCUGUGGGUUUGAAAUGGGUUCAGUCUGUGUGGCGUUUGUGUGCUAUUCACAUGGGU